AUGAUGAAAAGGAAGAGCAUAUCUGCAGGCAAAGCUUCCUUGGUCCUCGUUCUGUGCCAAAUGAUUUCUGCAUUGGAUGUACCUCUUGACUCAAAACUUCUAGAAGAAUUGUUGCAACCUCCUACGAUAACUCAGCAGUCUCCAAAAGAUUACAUUGUUGACCCUCGAGAGAAUAUUGUAAUACAGUGUGAAGCAAAAGGAAAGCCGCCUCCUAGCUUCUCCUGGACACGCAAUGGAACUCAUUUUGACAUAGAUAAAGAUGCACAGGUAACAAUGAAACCAAAUUCAGGGACCCUUGUCAUAAAUAUCAUGAAUGGUGGCAAGGCAGAAGCAUAUGAAGGAGUGUAUCAGUGUACAGCAAGGAAUGAACGAGGAGCAGCCAUUUCAAACAAUAUCGUUAUAAGGCCUUCUAGAUCCCCUCUGUGGACUAAAGAAAAACUAGAACCAAAUCAGGUUCGAGAAGGUGAUUCACUAGUACUGCACUGCAGACCUCCUGUUGGCUUACCACCACCUAUAAUAUUUUGGAUGGAUAAUGCGUUCCAAAGGCUGCCUCAAAGCGAAAGAGUUUCCCAAGGUCUAAACGGAGACCUUUAUUUUUCAAAUGUACAACCAGAAGACACCCGUGAGGACUAUAUCUGCUAUGCAAGAUUUAAUCAUACGCAAACGAUACAACAGAAACAACCCAUCUCUGUAAAAGUCUUUUCAAUGGAUUCAUUGAAUGACACUAUAGCUGCUAAUUUGAGUGACACUGAUAUUUAUGGUGCAAAGCCAGUUACAGAGAGGCAGCCAAUUCUUCUAACACCAACAGGCAGCACAAGUACCAAAGUGGAACUCAGAGGAAAUGUGCUUUUGUUGGAGUGCAUCGCAGCAGGACUACCCACUCCAGUAAUCCGCUGGAUUAAAGAGGGUGGGGAACUGCCAGCCAACAGAACAUUUUUUGAAAACUUUAAGAAAACUCUCAAGAUUCUAGAUGUUUCUGAAGCUGACUCUGGGAACUACAAAUGUAUAGCAAGAAAUAUAUUAGGGUCUGCUCAUCAUGUGAUUUCAGUAACUGUGAAAGCUGCCCCAUACUGGAUAACAGCACCCAGAAACUUGGUCUUGUCUCCCGGAGAAGAUGGGACGUUGAUCUGCAGAGCUAACGGCAACCCAAAGCCUAAUAUUAGCUGGCUUGUAAAUGGCGUUCCCAUAGCAAUUGCCCCAGAAGAUCCUAGCAGAAAGGUAGAUGGUGAUACCAUUAUUUUCUCACACGUGCAAGAAAGGUCAAGUGCUGUUUACCAGUGCAACGCUUCUAAUGAAUAUGGAUACUUGCUAGCAAACGCAUUUGUGAAUGUUCUGGCUGAGCCACCAAGAAUUCUCACUCCUGCUAAUAAGAUGUAUCAGGUCAUUGCAGACAGUCCCGCCUUGCUAGACUGUGCUUAUUUUGGUUCACCUAAGCCUGAAAUCGAAUGGUUCAAGGGAGUGAAAGGUAGCAUCUUACGUGGAAAUGAAUAUGUUUUCCAUGAUAAUGGAACCUUGGAAAUUCCGGUGGCUCAAAAGGAUAGUACUGGUACAUACACGUGUGUAGCAAGGAAUGAAUUAGGAAAGAUACAAAAUGAGGUGCAUUUGGAAGUUAAAGAUCCAACAAUGAUAAUUAAACAGCCAGAAUACAAAGUGAUUCAGAGAUAUGGCCAAGUUUCAUUUGAGUGUAUAAUAAAACAUGAUUCUACCUUAUUCGCAACGGUUAUAUGGUUGAAGGACAAUGAAGAGUUGCCAGAUGAUGAAAGGUUUCUAGUUGGUAAAGACAACUUGACCAUUAUGAAUGUAACUGAUAAAGAUGAUGGAACAUACACUUGCAUAGUUAAUACCACACUGGACAGUGUCUCAGCAAGUGCUGUGCUUACUGUUGUUGCUGCUCCCCCAACUCCAGCUAUCAUUUACGCUCGGCCAAAUCCACCCUUUGACUUGGAAUUGACAGGUCAGCUCGAAAGAAGCGUUGAACUCUCAUGGAUACCAGGAGAUGAAAAUAACAGCCCCAUUACAACCUUUGUGAUUGAAUAUGAAGAUGGGCUGCAUGAACCAGGGGUCUGGCAUUACCAGACGGAAGUUCCUGGAACUCAGACAACAAUACAGUUGAAGUUGUCUCCGUACGUCAACUACUCAUUCCGUGUGAUAGCUGUCAAUGAGAUUGGCAGAAGUCAGCCAAGUGAACCAUCUGAGCAGUACCUGACAAAAUCUGCAAACCCUGAUGAAAAUCCUUCUAAUGUACAAGGGAUAGGCUCAGAACCUGAUAAUUUGGUGAUAACAUGGGAGUCUUUAACAGGUUUUCAGUCUAACGGACCAGGGCUUCAGUACAAAGUCAGCUGGCGUCAGAAAGAUGUUGAUGAUGAAUGGACAUCUGUUAUAGUUGCAAAUGUAUCUAAAUACAUUGUGUCUGGAACACCAACCUUUGUUCCCUAUGAAAUAAAAGUACAAGCUUUAAAUGACCUGGGAUAUGCACCGGAGCCAUCAGAGGUGAUUGGACAUUCAGGGGAGGACUUGCCGAUGGUUGCUCCAGGCAACGUCCAGGUGCAUGUGGUUAACAGCACGUUGGCAAAGGUGCACUGGGACCCAGUUCCACUAAAAAGUGUCCGAGGACACCUUCAAGGGUAUAAAGUUUACUACUGGAAAGUGCAGAGUCUGUCCAGAAGGAGCAGGCGGCAUGUAGAGAAAAAGAUCUUGACUUUCAGGGGAAACAAGACCUUUGGAAUGUUGCCAGGCCUGGAGCCCUACAGUUCUUACAAGCUGAACGUCAGAGUUGUUAAUGGUAAAGGAGAAGGACCAGCAAGCCCAGACAAAGUGUUUAAGACCCCCGAAGGAGUUCCUAGCUCACCCUCCUUUUUGAAGAUUACUAACCCAACGCUGGACUCUCUGACUCUGGAGUGGGGUUCACCUACCCAUCCAAACGGUGUCUUGAUAUCAUAUAUACUGAAGUUUCAGCCAAUUAACAACACACAUGAAUUGGGUCCCUUGGUAGAGAUAAGAAUUCCUGCCAACGAGAGCAGCUUGAUAUUAAAAAAUUUAAAUUACAGCACACGGUACAAGUUUUAUUUUAAUGCACAAACUUCAGUUGGAUCAGGAAGUCAGAUAACAGAGGAAGCAGUAACAGUUAUGGAUGAAGCUGGUAUUCUCCAUCCUGCUGUAGGUGCAGGCAAAGUGCAACCACUUUAUCCAAGGAUCAGAAAUGUUACGACAGCUGCCGCUGAGACCUAUGCCAAUAUCAGUUGGGAGUAUGAGGGACCAGAUCAUGCGAACUUUUAUGUUGAAUAUGGUGUAGCAGGCAGCAAAGAAGAUUGGAAAAAAGAAAUUGUAAAUGGUUCUCGAAGCUUCAUUGUGUUAAAGGGUUUAACACCAGGAACAGCAUAUAAAGUCUGGGUUGGUGCUGAGGGCCUGUCUGGUUUUAGGAGUUCAGAGGAUGUGUUUGAGACAGGUCCAGCCAUGGCAAGUCGACAGGUGGACAUCGCUACGCAAGGAUGGUUCAUUGGUCUUAUGUGUGCUGUUGCUCUUCUGAUCUUGAUUUUACUGAUCGUCUGCUUCAUAAGGAGGAACAAGGGUGGCAAAUACCCAGUGAAGGAAAAGGAGGAUGCACAUGCUGAUCCAGAAAUACAACCUAUGAAGGAGGAUGAUGGAACAUUUGGUGAAUACAGUGACGCAGAGGACCAUAAACCUCUAAAAAAAGGAAGCCGGACACCUUCAGACAGAACUGUGAAAAAAGAAGACAGCGACGAUAGUUUAGUUGACUAUGGAGAAGGUGUAAACGGUCAGUUCAACGAGGAUGGCUCCUUUAUCGGACAGUAUAGUGGUAAAAAGGAGAAAGAACCUGCUGAAGGAAAUGAAAGCUCUGAGGCUCCUUCUCCUGUAAAUGCCAUGAAUUCGUUUGUGUAACCACAGAACUCCAUCCCCUUGUAUCUUCAGUUCGUUCAAAGCACUUGCACACCCUCCUUCUCAUACUAUGAACAUGCAGGUAUCGGAGCUCCUCACCGCAAGGUGUUUAUGAUAUGAGAAUACGCAGGUCGAUGCCGUUAUGCAGCGUUAACGACACACUAAGUGUUAUGUUAGUAUGAAUCAAAAUACGAAAUUCAAAUUUUGUUCAAAACUUGCGUCUUUUUACUUUUUUUAGAAGUAACCGACACAAACAAUAACGUCGACCUAACAAUUCUGUUUCCUGUUGAAAAUACGGUGUAAUGCAUGGACAAAAAAAUGCUACACAAUUCACUGAUAAUCUUGUGUACACUAUCAGAUCAUGGUUUGACAGUUUGUUAUGCAGUCCUCAGCUGAAUCCCUGGAUAUGAAUUCCGUUUUCAUUGUCGGAGUGUUAUAGUAGUAUUUUAUAGAACUUCAAUGUCUUUG